UUAAAUGGCUUUGGAUUCCUAUACACGGGAACUGAUGCCGGGCCCGGAAAUGCCGGUCUCUGGGAUCAGGUGUUAGCACUGAAAUGGGUGAACGAUAAUAUCCAGAAUUUUGGUGGCGACCCCACACAGAUAACCGUAUUUGGUGAGAGCGCCGGAAGCAUAACUACCAGCGCUAUGAUCCUAUCGCCCAUAACUCGCAAUCUAUUCAAAAACGCUAUAAUGAUGUCGGGGUCGGCGUUGGGCGACACAGUAGGCGAUGCCUCCCAAAUGACCCGGUAUUGGCUCAAGCAGUCUAAACAAAUGGGUUGUAGUGACGAUAGAAAUCCCGGAAAAUUCACACAAAAAGUCAUAAACUGUUUAAAGACUAUAAGCGCCGACAGGUUAUUGAACUACACCUCGGGAUCCCUGGACUCUGUCGCCGGAAAUCGUGUGAAAGUCGUGUCUCAUAUUGUAGUCGACGGGGAAUUCCUACCGGAAAAGCCUUUAAAAAUGCUAAAAUCGGGAAACUUCAAGAAAUCCCUAAACCUUAUGAUCGGAAACUGCGAGGACGAGGGGUCAUUCAUAUUGGCGCUGGUGGUCGACCCCAAAAAGUUUUCCCCCAAUAACCCGCCUCCUAUGACAUAUCCGGAAGCUUACGGCACAUCUCAGGCCCUGUUCUCAGCGCUCGACGAGACACCGGCCAUCGAUGGCCAGGAAGUGUCUAAACUAUACUUCACGGGUCUGUCCGAUAAGACACCGCAGGAUGUGCUCCGGCGUACGAUUGGGAAGGCGUUCGGCGACUACACCAUC